CGUCAUGCCAAAAUCUGACAGCCGAGUCGGAGUCGAAAACAUAAUCAUCGUCGUCGUUUUUAGUAUAAAAACUGUAUUUGAAGCGUGUGACAAGUGCCUUGAAUUGUCUUAAAGUGGAAAUAUUCUACAAUGAGCGAAGGAUUGACUGAUAAGGAAGCGAAGGAGCUGCUGAAGCUGCCGGAUGCAGAGACGAAGGAUUUUCUGUUCCAGCAAACGAUGUACCGUAUCAAAGACCCGCGGGCAUCUCUUCCGUUCUAUAACGAGGUGCUCGGUAUGAACUUGCUCUGCAAGCUCGAUUUCCCAGAAGCUAAGUUCAGUCUCUACUUCAUGGGCUUCGAAGACAUCGCUAACCAGCCGAAGGAUCGCAAGGAAUGUAUGCAGUGGGCGAUGAGCCGUAAAGCGACUCUAGAGUUGACUCACAAUUGGGGAACGGAGAAUGACCCCGAGUUCAAGUAUCACAACGGAAACAGCGACCCUCGUGGGUACGGUCACAUCGGAAUUAUGGUCCCGGACGUGAAGAAGGCCUGCGAAAGGUUCGAUCGACUAGGCGUGGAGUACGUGAAGCGUCCAGAUGAGGGUCGCAUGAAGGGACUGGCAUUUAUCAAGGAUCCGGACGGCUACUGGAUUGAAAUUUUUAGUGCAUCUACGGUCCAAGCGCACUGAAACAAUAGCAAACCUCAAACCAACACGGUAAUACGGUUAUAUUGGAUAUUUUUGUACGGUAUUGAAAGUAAAACGGGAUUGUUAAAAUGUAACGAAUGGUGGUUAAAUGUUUCGUGCUUAAUAAAACCAUUGAUUCCAAUCAGUGAAUG